AUGGAUUUUGUUCAAGGAGGUAUUCUCUCUGCAUCACAUUCCACUACUCCAACACCGACAACGCCUUGGUAUGCUAAUAUUAUGAAAGGCUUCAAUACGGCCGUCGACCUUUUCCUCACCAUACUCUCGGCCAUCCAGUUGUGGCGAUUCACGAUCCGAGCCACUGACAGCGGACCCUCCGGCAGGAAUUCGUUUUUGGCCAAACUACAUAAUAUGCCACGGCAGACUCGUAUUCGACGGAUGUGGCAGACCAUUACCCUGAGUGGACCGUUGUUGUUAUCUGGGAUUGCGUCGAUUGUGAAGACAUACCUUUUGAAAUCCAUUGGCGACAAGAAUGAUAUUACACACAGUACCGUACCAUUCGUCUUAUGGGUCAAAAUUGAGAACUACAGUAUCCUCCUUGACACCUGCGCCUCUGUCGUUCGACUCCUUAUACGCAUGUCCUCAGAGAGUUACAACCAAACCGGAAGUCUCUGGUCACGCAGUCGGUCAAAUCAAUUCCACGAAGGCUCUGAACUUAUCAAGCACGAUCACACUCAUAGCAAGGGGACAGUUGUUAUGUCUAUUUUUGCCGAUCGCGAGACUUCGCCGAACGGUGGGGGCGGGUACCAUGUUGGAGGUCAAUCCGGGGAAGGCCAAGAUGAUCGACCGCCAAACGAGGCCCGAGAAAUAGGUGGUGUGAGAGUGAAGACCGAUAUAACCGUGCAGGUUGAUUCUGAUGGGGCUUCUACGAAAAGACUGGUGCCUUGA